AUGUCACGGGAGUCGUCGCGAUGCUCGUCGCUCUCCGUUCGUUGCAGGUGCGUGGAUACCCAACCAAGCGGACGAUGUUGGAAGUUAUCCACCGACGCAGCGCGACCGUCGCUGGCGGAGGCGGUGGGUAACUUGGCGGGCAGGGGAGAGCGGUUAGGUCCUCACCCGGCGUUUGCCGGUUCUUUAGAAGCCCUAUUGCCAUUGGUGCAUAAAAAGUGCAUAAUUAGUGCAUCAAAUGAUCUUUUGUACGAGGCCACAAUGGCAGCCACAGAAUUAGCACGGCUGGAUCCUUCGUUCGACGCGUUCCUGCAAAGCCUGCAGGAACCCGAGUCGCCAGGUCCGGCGUUCUCGCCACGGCGCUACAGCGAAGCGCUGCAGAUUGACCUGCAGACACUGGCCGAACUGGCAGGGGUGCAUCGCAACACGGUGGCCCGUGCGCCGGCAUCGCGAGGCAUUCAGGAGUUCCUGAGAGAAUCGAUUCGUGUCAUUCGCGCUGCGACGGAUUUGUCCGGCGACGUUAACAAGGCAUUGUUCUGGUACCGGAACGAACCGAUUCCGGCCUUCCAGUACAAGACAGCCGAGCGACUGGUAGUUGAAAAACGCAGCGAUGACCUGCUGCGAUACAUCGUGUCUCUUGAAGCCGGCCCGGCGGGGUGA